GAACGGGGCGACGAAACUGCGAUCGCGUGAUUUGGCAUGCUGCUCGCAGCGACCGCCAUCGAGUACCGGCAGCAGCAGUCCCGACAGCUACAAUCAAUCGUAGGCCUUGAAGAAGGCUCAGCGGUGGUGGUGUGCUGUCUGCCUGCCAUCCUUCUCUCUCCGCCUCUCUAUGCGUCCCCCCUCACUCCCCCCGGUCACGGGUCCCCAGCCUUUUCUGAGAGUGGAACCUUCGAGAGCGCAUUUCGACAUUGUCCAGGCAUGAGUGUCGCAGCACUGUAGGAAUUUUCGUCGUCGCCCUUGACGAAUUCGCCCGCGGAAUUGGAACCGGCCUAUCGUACGGGAAGCUAUGUUUUAGAUAUGUUCGUGGAGAGUGAAAGCCGUACUGGGACGAGGGACAAUCUUGUGGGAGUAUAAGAGCCAGUCGACUCAGAACUGAAAGUAACACUUAGCCGUAGAAGAGUGACCUCAUGGAUUUGUCCAUGUUCAGCACAUGGGAUUGUAGGAAACACUUUUCUCUCCUUCUUCUUCAAUAUACCUCUCCAGUUUACUGCAUGCGCAGUUAGAUAGUUCAGUCGGCUCAUAGGCAGAUAGUGAAGAAAUCAGAGAGCUGUAGGACCGUGGGUCUCUGCUGUAAGAAGAUACUCAGAUUAGUGCGAAAUAUCGGUGCUUGGAUUUCUCGUAGGAGGCAGCUGUCGAUUAUGUACUGGAGUCAGUAGGAGCAGGAACGGUGGUCGAAGGUUGCUGUCAAUUUUACCAGAAAUUCAGUUUGGAGGGAGCUGAAAGCAAGAGAGCAGAUUAUCAGAAGUCAGGCGGUGGAAGAGUUCUAAUGUUCUGAGUGCAUUAGACUUCCUUCGACGAAUGCUGUCAGCUUUUAGUUGAAUUGCGCUCAAAGGAACUGAAACCAAGAUAGCAAAUUAGUCUGAAGCGAGGCGGUGGAGGAUUAUUAUCGAUACUCAGUCUAGCAUAGCAAACGUAUCAAGAUGGCAGCAUCUACGGGGAGCAACCUCCAGUCGAUCGACUUAUGGAGCCUGGGCAGGUCCGUCAGUAUUGGGACCAAUACGGGCAGCAGAAGGAGCUUCGGGGGGAGCUCUAGGAAUUGGGGAGUUGGGCCGGACAAUGUUUUCGCCAGGGACUCGGAGAGCCGAAGGCAACCAGGGGACGAUGAUGAGGAAGCCUUGAAAUGGGCAGCGUUAGAGAAACUGCCCACCUACGAUCGUCUGCGGACUACAAUACUCGAGCAGUUAGGCAACAAAGCGGCCCCUACACAAUUGGAUGUGAGGUUGGCUGGAAUCGAGGAGAAUCAAGCCCUCCUCCGUAAUGUUUUCAAUAUGAAGAGCACCGAGGAAGAUAACGAGGUGUUUCUCACUAGAUUACGCAACCGAAUUCAGAGAGUGGAUCUCCAACAACCUACCCAGGAAGUUCGCUACGAUCAUUUAACCAUAACAGCUGACUGCUAUGUUGGUGGUCGUGCUCUGCCGAGUUUGACAAAUGCUGCGCGGAACACUAUUGAGUACGUCUUGAACAAGAUUGGAAUUCCUGUGACGAAGAAGACAAGCGUAUCCAUCCUGGACGACGUUAGUGGGAUCAUCAGGCCGGGCAGGAUGACAUUACUGCUCGGGCCGCCGGGUUCGGGCAAGACGACUCUUCUUCUCGCGCUGGCUGGAAGACUGGACAAGUCCCUGAAGGUCGACGGGAAGAUAACUUACAAUGGAUUUGACAUGAAGGACUUCGUCCCCCAAAAGACUGCGGCCUACGUUAGUCAACAUGACCUUCACAUUGGGGAGAUGACUGUGCGAGAAACUCUUGAUUUCUCGGCCCGUUGCCAGGGCGUCGGGGAGAGAUUUGAUCUUCUGGCGGAACUUGACAGGAGAGAAAAGCAGCGUGGACUUCGUGCUGAUCCGGACCUGGACUUCUUCAUGAAGUCCACGGCUGCCGGCACUGGAAGUCUUAUCACAGAAUACAUCAUGAAGAUUCUUGGUCUGGAUAUCUGUGCCGAUACUAUGGUCGGAGAUGACAUGCGGAGAGGUAUUUCGGGUGGACAAAAGAAACGAGUUACAACCGGAGAGAUGAUCGUGGGACCCCUGAGGACGCUAUUCAUGGAUGAAAUUUCUACUGGUCUGGACUCCUCGACAACCUUCCAAAUCGUCAAGUGUCUUGGAGACGUCGCCCAUGUACUGGACUCUACUGUGAUGAUCUCACUUUUACAGCCUGCACCAGAGACAUACAAUCUCUUCGAUGACAUUGUGCUUCUCUCUGAGGGGAAAGUGGUAUACCACGGACCUCGGGAAAACAUCUUGGAGUUUUUCGAAUCAUGUGGAUACAAAUGCCCGGAAAGGAAGGGUGUUGCCGAUUUCUUACAAGAGGUGACUUCCAGGAAAGAUCAAGAGCAGUAUUGGGCUGACAAGAGAAGACCGUAUCAGUACACGUCAGUGAAGGAUUUUGCAGAUGCGUUCCAGGAAUUUUAUGUCGGUACUGAGAUGGCUCGACAACUAUCAAUUCCAUUUGACAAGAGUAAAAGUCAUCCACAAGCAUUGUCUUUCAAGAAGUACUCAGUGCCGUAUAAGGAUCUUCUCAGGUUCAGUUUCCAGAAGGAAGUUCUUUUAAUGAAAAGGAACGCAUUUGUUAGCUAUUUCAAGGCCUUUCAGAUUGCUGUAAUGGCAUUUAUAGCCAUGACCACCUUCUUCAGAACAGAGAUGUCCCGAGAUAACCUGGAAGAUGCACAAACUUAUGCUGGAGCUCUGUUUUUUGGAGUCGUCAAUAUUUUGUUCAACGGAUUCUCUGAGCUGUCAAUGACUAUUAUCCGGCUACCUGUUUUUUACAAACAAAGGGAUCUGUUGUUUCACCCUCCAUGGACUUUUACCUUAUCGAAGUUUCUCAUAAACAUUCCCACAUCUGUGCUUGAGUCUUCUAUCUGGGUCAUCAUCACCUACUACACAGUUGGCUUCGCUCCAUCAGCUGCCAGAUUUUUCCGUCAGCUUCUGCUUAUGUUCAGUGUGCACUCCAUGGCAUCGGCCCUUUUCCGUUUGAUUGCGGGUAUUUGUCGCACCAUGGUGGUUGCAAACACAGGAGGAUCCUUGGCCCUUUUGGUGGUCUUCGUUCUUGGAGGAUUUCUACUUCCGAGGACAUCUAUCAAGCCCUGGUGGAUAUGGGGAUACUGGAUAUCACCUCUGUCAUACGCUCAGAACGCUGUUGAUGUGAACGAAUUCCUUGCACCGCAAUGGAAUAAGCCUAUUCCCGGAAUUAACGACUCGUUGGGAGUUACGUUUUUAAAAAGCUCCGGUGUCUUUCCAAGAGGUCGUUGGUUCUGGAUUGGAGUUGGUGUGAAUCUUGGCUACGCACUUCUGUUCAAUGUUCUGUUUACUUUAGCCAUCACCUACUUAAAUCCUCUGGGCAGAUCUCAAGCAGUUAUCUCCGAAGAAGUGUAUAAUGAAAAACAAGCAGCUCUUACCGGGGUGGAGACCCCUUCAAUGGGGGAAGCACAGCGAGUUGCUAGAUCCGCCUCUGGCAGUGUUGGACAAGGCUCGAGUAUCUCAAGGAGGCAACCAAGAAGUCUCUCAGCAUCAGCGAGCAAAGUGACUUCUGAGAUAGGGAUGAGCAGAAUAAGCUCUUCAUCGGUGUCUAAGAGAGGCGCUAGCAACUCGUCAAUGAGCAGAGACUCAUUUGAGCAUGGAGGAGAGGGCACGCCUUCUAAGAGGGGCAUGAUUCUUCCAUUUGAACCAUUAUCAAUCAGUUUCGAUGACGUGAAGUACUAUGUUGACAUGCCUGCGGAAAUGAAAGCCCAAGGAGCUGGAGAGGACAGACUACAGUUAUUGAAGGGUGUGACUGGAGCUUUCAGACCUGGAGUUUUGACGGCUCUUGUUGGGGUUAGUGGAGCGGGAAAGAGUACCUUGAUGGAUGUUUUAGCAGGAAGGAAGACAGGGGGCUAUAUCGAGGGUGACAUUAGAAUCUCAGGAUAUCCCAAAAAGCAGGCAACGUUCGCUAGAAUUUCAGGUUACUGCGAGCAGAACGACAUUCACUCUCCACAAGUGACUGUAUUCGAGUCUCUUGUAUACAGUGCCUGGCUUCGACUGGACAGAAACAUUGAAAAGGAGACCAAAGAGUUGUUUGUGCAGCAAGUCAUGGAUCUGGUGGAGCUCACGACUCUUAGGGAUGCUCUCGUUGGUUUACCUGGUGUGUCUGGGUUGUCAACAGAGCAACGCAAAAGGUUGACAAUUGCUGUAGAAUUAGUUGCGAAUCCUUCCAUCAUCUUUAUGGACGAGCCCACUUCAGGUCUGGAUGCUCGAGCAGCUGCCAUCGUAAUGAGAACUGUUCGCAAUACUGUCGAUACGGGGCGGACCGUUGUUUGCACCAUUCAUCAACCAAGUAUCGACAUCUUUGAAGCUUUCGACGAGUUACUGCUAAUGAAGCGCGGCGGGCAAGUUAUAUAUGCUGGUCCUUUAGGACGUCACUCCCACAAGCUUGUAGAAUAUUUUGAGGCUAUACCAGGAACACCAAAGAUAAAAGAAGGAUACAAUCCAGCCACUUGGAUGCUGGAGGUUUCUUCUGUUUCUGUUGAAAAUCGUCUCGCAGUGGAUUUUGCUGACAUAUAUUCCAAAUCCGCUUUAUUUGAGAGAAAUAAAGCUCUUGUUCAUGAACUCAGCACUCCCCCGGAGGGUGCCAAGGACCUGUGGUUCGCCUCUCAAUUUUCUCAGCCAUUCUGGACUCAAACUAUUGCCUGCUUGUGGAAGCAGAAUAUAACCUAUUGGCGGAGUCCUAGUUACAACAAUGUUCGAUUUCUAUUUACCAUACUUGCUGCCCUCCUUUUUGGCACCAUUUUCUGGAGGCUGGGAAUGGAACGUCACAAGCAGUCAAACAUCUUCAGUAUCAUGGGGAGCAUGCUUGGUGCUGUUCUCUUUAUUGGAAUCAACAAUGCAUCCACAGUGCAGCCUGUCGUUGCAACUGAGCGCACAGUCUUUUACAGAGAAAGAGCUGCUGGAAUGUACUCAGCUUUUCCAUAUGCCAUUGCUCAGGUUCUGAUCGAAAUUCCGUACUGCUUCGCACAAGUUAUAGUUUACUCGUUGAUCACAUACUCGAUGAUCAACUAUGAGUGGACAGCCGCAAAGUUUUUCUGGUAUAUAUACUUCAUGUUCUUCACAUUCCUUUACUUCACCUUCUACGGCAUGAUGGCAGUCGGUCUUACGCCAAAUCACAACAUUGCGGCGAUUGUCUCGGCUUUCUUCUACUCUGUAUUCAAUCUCUUCUCAGGGUUCUUGAUCUUUAAAAAGAGAAUACCCGGUUGGUGGAUAUGGUACUACUGGAUUUGCCCUGUCGCGUGGACUCUAUAUGGACUUAUAACCUCGCAGUUCGGUGAUGUUACUGAGGAUGUGUUGCUUACCGGUGGAGGCACGCAAAGGAUUAAGGACUUUGUGAACGACACAUUUGGUUUCAAGUAUGACUUUCUACCGGUCGUGGCUAUCAUGCUUCUCGUCUUCCCAUGCCUAUUCGCCUUCGUCUUCAUGGUCUCCAUCAAGUUUCUCAACUUCCAAACACGAUAAAGGGUUGAAGGUUCUUUCCGGGAAUAUGUUUCACCUGCCUACAUUCCAUUCUUCAGUUUCGCCGAUCGAAAAGCGCCCAUUGCAAUUGCGUGCUGGAAUUCACAUUGGACAGUAUCAUCUGGGGUUGGCAGAAGGGUGGGAGAACAACAUCCACCACUUGAAAGUCAAGAUUUUAUUCUGAAAGUUCGCAACUCUAGCAAGGUCCGUGCUUACUGGGGUCAGUGGUUUGAAAAGAGAGCUUCGACCAGCACAAAUCGAUAGACGCUGCGAUGUUGCCACUUGUAUCCUCCUAUAAAACCAUCUUGGAGCUUGUACUGGUGAAGAGAGUCAGCCUGCAUUGCAACUGAGUGAUUGAAGUGAAAAAAAGUGUUCCCGACUGUGAGUCCCAGCCGGGAGUCUCAAUCAUUACCAGAGUAAUGACAGGGCACACACAAGGCAGAACAUUUCAACAUGACAGUUUGGAGGUAAAUUGUGAAGACUACGAUGUACUACAGAUUUUUCCUGCAAACUCGGACAGAUCAAGGUCGAAUUCAACUUUGAUACACGAUUAGGCCUUGAUACCUGUAAUGGACGAGAGGAAUGUAAUUCACAGCAUCAGUAGUAAAGUAUUAGUAGAAUCUGCAAUGGCGCCAUGAGCAACAGUAGAAAUAUUCUUGACAGCUAAAGUAAAGGUCACCAAUGGAAGUAUUCCAUGACCUUCUUGAUGUCCUCAUUACUUGUGUAUAUUAUGCACGUGCAAAUGAAACCAUUUU